CCCAGGUCCAGUUAUCAUGCGGCCGCCAUUAAGCUUUCUUCUUUAACGGAAACCCCUUCUAAAAUGGGCCGUUUGUGAGGUGAGAACAGCAUGAACCAAGGCCUGAUACUAAUACUAUGGGUUCCAACCGAGUAACUGCAAAAGAACUUUGUGAUAAUGAUGACCUGGCAACAAGUUUGGUGCUUGACCCAUAUUUGGGGUAUAGGACCCACAAAAUGAAACUGAAUUCAUUGCCUUCCAUUAGAAGACAGCAUCACUUGCGUGAAGCAUUGCAAACAUUCCGUAAAAAUAGGGACCUGGAUGCAGCAUUUCGCCUCCUGACAACGGGAGAUUGGGCCAAACAGUAUUUCCAAAACCGCACAAAACAGCAUGAAACCACAUUGAAGACUCAUAUAUUUAGAUAUUUGCGGAUGUACCUGCCAGAGAGUGGUUUUAUGAUUCUUCGCUGCAACCGGUACUCACUGGAAAAAAAUGGAGCCAAAGUAGUCUCUACUAGAUGCUGGGUAAAGAAUGAAAAGAUUGAACUGCUUGUUGGAUGCAUUUCUGAACUAACCAAAGCAGAUGAAAGUCUUCUGCGCUUUGGGGAGAAUGAUUUCAGCGUAAUGUACUCCACUCGAAAGAAAUGUGCUCAGCUCUGGUUAGGGCCUGCUGCUUUCAUCAAUCAUGAUUGUCGGCCAAACUGUAAGUUUGUGCCGACAGAUGGGAAUGCUGCUUGUGUGAAAGUUCUCAGGGACAUUAAGCCAGAUGAAGAGAUUACAUGUUUCUAUGGAGACAGUUUUUUUGGUGAGAAGAAUGAGAUGUGUGAAUGCUGCACAUGUGAGAGGAGAGGGGAGGGGGCUUUCAAGCUACGAAAAAGAGAACAGUCUGAAUCUACCUCAUUAGAAAAAUACCAGCUUCGAGAGACAGAUGGCCGCCUGCUAAGGUUGCAAGAGCCUAGUUGCAAGCAAAACCAGCAUGGUGCUAAUCGAAAAAAGAAUCUCCACGGUUCAAGAUACAGGCUGUCGUCCAGUCCAAAAAAGAGGCAUGCAAACCGCAGAAAUCCAAUACUGUCUCCAAGACUCAGGUCACCUACUUCACCUCCAAAUUACCGCACUUUGAAUCCAGUGAGGUACUCGACCUCUGAAGAAAGGAAUUCAUACUCCGUGUUGAAAUUUGCUCUACCCAAGGGGACUGUUUUAAAACAUGUUCGUAUCAUCCUGCAUAACUAUAAGAAGUGUAAAGAUGGUCACAAUCUCCAGAGGACACGUGGUGGUCACUGCUGCAAACUCUCAAAAGAGCCUGUAGUGUCUCUGCGACGGCAAACUAUUGGCUUUGAAAAGUUACAAGUCCUAUCAAAUAAUGAGACUGACACAAGCACCCCAAGCAUACUGUCUCAAGCAGUUGAAGAUGUUGAAACUGUUGUAUUAGAACAAAAUGCCAAAGAUCACUCUUUGUUUGAAACAUGUGUAGGAGAUAACCGCGUGGAAGAGCAAACUAUGGAUGUGCUUUGUGAAACACAUUCAGUUUUCUCUUUUACUGAUUUGGAUUCCCAAACUAGCAGACAAAAUUGUGAUGGUACCUCCAGCUGUGUUUCUGACCAAGAUGUUUCAAUGGUAUUGUUGGACAACAGUAGGUUAUCUCCUGAUAUAGGGACAACAUAUCAACAGCUAGAGACUAUAGACAAUGAUUCUCCACCUUCAGGCUCCCAAGCUGAAAAUCUCCAAUGUCUGCUAGAUGAUGCAAAUGCCCCAAAAUCAAAAUUAAACAAUAUUUCACCUGUGCAGUUUGGGAUAAAACAUGUUACUGUAAAUCUAGGGAAGCCUGUUGUAUAUGAAACUCAAAACCUAAAAUCAGCCAGUUUAAACACCUCAAACCAUAUAAAUAAUACAUAUAAUUACUCUCUACCUGCUAUGAUCUCUCAGGCCCAGGUCAAUUUAACUCAUGAAACCCUCAACCACACUGUUGACCAAGACACUGAAAAUGUAGAAUCUGCACAGUUAAACAAGCCAUAUACGCGCAAAAUGUUCUCUUUAAGGUCCAGACCAAUACAGUUUACGGAAAGGAAAGAUGCAAUUAAUAAGGAUCACUUAAAACAAAAGAAAGGAGCCUUUAUUAAUUCAGGGCAAGAAAAGAUGAAUUUUAAUGGUCAUGUAAAGAUGACCAGUCAGACUGCCCAUGCCGUACCUCGUCAGUGUAAUCUGGUUAUACAAGAACACCUUAAUGUAGAAAUGCAGUUGGAUCCCAAAUUGUGUCUAAAGCCAUAUGUGAAGUUGGGUUUGAACAACACUCUAAAACGAAAAUGCUCAGGUACUGGAAAAUGCUCUAACACCUCGCUAACAGAAAUAUCAACUAGUGAUUUUAUUCAGGAAAGUAAUACACAGCAGGCAAAACUCCCAACAGAAGAUAAACAGAAAAUACAUGUCACAUUCAGUCCAUUUACUCCUUCCAAGAGACUACGCCUGGUGGUGAAUCAUGGGUCUAUAGAUCUAGACGUUGCGUCCACCUCAAGCGAAGAAACUUGUUGAAUGGUUUAUUGAACUUGCCCUUCCUUUCAGCCUAUGAAAUAUAAGUUAUUGUAUUUUGCUAUACGACGGUAGAAGAGAGAUUUAACUGGUGCUGGCAUUGUCAGAACAUUUUACUCAGUUUGGGUGCUAGGAUAUCUUUCCUCAUCUUAUGUUUUCUGCCUAAUAAUGGCCUCUACUUAAUCAUCUUCACUAAUGUCCAAAAGAGCUAUUCAUAGGAGAUGCACACCAGUUUGCCUUAGUUUCCAAAGCAGGUGGAAAAACAACUGUGUAAUCCCUUUAUCAAUCCUUCACUAGUAUAGCACAAACAAGUGUUUUUGUUUUGUUUUUCGGUAUUCCAUUGUAAGUUAUGCACCUGCUCCUAUUGGGUUCCUAUUUUCUUCUCCUCAACUUUAAUGGUGCUAAAUCAAAGACAUUCUUUAAGGAUCUGAAAUGCACUUGAAAUUUAUAAGAUUAUGUCGAUGUAAUGAAAGAAGAGUUGUUACUUUUAGCGAGUAGUCUAUUGUACUAGUGUAGGUUCUGCAGCAGUCAGGUGCGCAUGUUGUGUAUCUCAAAGGACUGAAAUAAAUUUUUGCAGGGGGGGGGAAUAAAUAUAAAGAUUUGUCACUGAUACAAAGUAAAGCCUUAAGCAUGAUGCCUCA